AUGACGAACUCCGUCGCUAUUACCAUUGGCGUUGUAGWUCCUCUUGUGAUUCUUAUUGGCGCUGCCGGGGCCUUCAUCUGGUACACGGAAAGGAAACGAAAGCAGAGUAGUGAUGUUAGCGAAAUCCCUUAUCGACCGAGGAUCACGAGCUUCCUGUACCGCGGCCAUCCGUCGACAUCCCAUAUAGAAGAUGGCAUCGAAGUGUGUAGUACACAACCCAGUAUUUUCAAUUACAAACACGAUGCGCCGGUCCUGGAGMACAAGGCGCAGCAUGAACUCCCAAAUCUCAAAAUCGGCGAACCUCGAUCAGACAGCGCAGUUCAGUCGCCGAUAGACACUCAUGACCAGGUCAUGGAGCUCGAAGGUACACUCGGCAAGCAGCUGUCCAAAGCACCCUCCGAAGCAAACCUGCGACACUCCAGCGACGAGCAGCGCACCAAGUCAAUCGUACGAAAGGACAUCCCAAGCAGAGCGUCUUUGCAGCCUUACGAACGAUACUACACGCGAAGCUCCUUGCAGCCGGCAACGCCGGGAGACGAUCGUGACCGGAUGUCGUUGAAGACCCCCAACAAGGACAACGAUAAUGCAGAAACGGAUGGUCCCAGCUGCUCGCCGACUGUGUCGGCCAUAUCCGAAGUUUCCGGGCGUGGAAGGAUGAGCCAUCGUUCCUCGGAUGUACCAGACAUACCUUCUUGGAUCAGGCGGAUGAGCGUCCAGGACACGGUAGAAGAAAGUUGGUCUACAAACGGGAAGGUCGCGUCUCCAGUGGAUACAACCACAGAGAAGGGAUAUUUCAUCUGA